AUGAGUCCUCACUACAAUAUGGAUGACACAAACUCCCUUGUGUCAGACAACAUGUGUCUUGAUACCGUCGAGGAACAUUAUCAGAGUUCCAGGAGAGAGCCCAAUGACUAUCAAAUUGACCCUCUCGAUUUCAAUACUAAGAUGUCCCUAACAGUUGACGCCCCUUCAGCUGAGACCUUCAAUCCUGACAUCGAUAUGGCCUUUGAAGUCAACACUCACUCGGUGGAAAAUAUUGAGGGCAACGAUUCAGAAGGCCAAAACACCCAGCCAAGCCUGUUCUGCACAAGCGGCAGCGACUCCAAAACUGCCAAUUUAGCUGAAUGCUUUCGUGACUUACAACUCAAAGACGAUUCAACGACCGAAGGCAUGGGCUUAGAUGACUUCACGGAGCUCCUAUCAGACGAGAUAGCCCCAAGCACUUCCUUUGUCCCUGGUACAAGUCAGGCACGCCGGAUCUAUUUAAGGGCCUUGCGUAUGUGUAAGAAGAUACAUCGUCUGCCCAAGAAUCCAGACGAGUGA